AUGACAUUCAACCUCAUCUUCUCAGUUCUCGCGGUUUCCGUCGUUGUCUUGGCUCGUCCAGACGGUCAAAAAGGACCAGGAGGACCAGGAGGACCAGGAGGACAUGGUGGACCACAGGGAGGACCACCGGGAGGACGUCACGGAGGACCGGGAGGACCACCACCACUACCGUUCCUCGCCAACGUGUCUGCCGCGGGACAGAAGGAAUUCGAGGACGUGUUCAGAAACGAAAAUCUGACUCUCUCUGAGAUCGACACUCAGGUUGCCGCCCUUGCUGAGAAAUACGGAGUCUCUGUAAGUUCCCUGUCUUCCCGAUUUCACCCGACUCGUUUCAUUCAGGACAUCUACAAGGAGUUCCAAGCCAACGUGACCGCCCAUCUCGCCGAGGUUAAGAAGAACCAGACCGCCGUGAUCAGCAACCUUUCUUCGGUCGCUUCCCAGCUCGAGGCCAUUUUCUCCAACAAGGCCCAGACCCGCCAGGCUCAGCACGAGGCAGUUGAGGCUCUUCGCAAUUCGAGCAGAGGUGAGGUCGACGCUGUUCAGUUCAUCCGUGCUCAGUUCGAGAGAGGACCGGGAGGACCAGGAGGAUCAGGAGGACGUGGGGGACCGCAAGGAGGGCCACAUGGAGGACAGAGAGGAGGACCGCAAGGAGGACCGCAAGGAGGACCACCGUCGUCUGGUUUCUCGGAGGACCAGUAA